CAAAAUCCAAAUCCAAACAAAGCAAAAAAAAAAAAAAAAAUGCCGGCGGUGGCGGUCGAGUACGACGCCCUCUCCCUCUUCGCCUCCCGCCUCCUCUCCCACCGCUGCACCAGCUUCGGGGACCCCGAACUCCGCCUGCUCCAGGCCGCGCUCUCCGCUGGGCCCGACGUCCCCGCUCUGCUACACACGCGCUCCGCCGCCCGCCGCCUGCUUCAGGACCGCGCCAAGGAGGCAUUCGCCGCCGCGCAGGCUCCUCCCCUGGAUCAUGCGAGGAUCCUCGCCGUCGCCGACUUCUUCGCCCGGGCCUUCGCCCUCGUCGCCGAUGUCCGGAGCUGCCUUGCCAUGAGAUAUGAGGCCCUGCUCCUGCGAGACGCUAAAUACUCUGACAACCACCAUCUACAAGUGUCACGCGAGGAGUGGUUAACUUUCGCGAAGGAUGCUCUUCAAAAUGGCUUCUACACCAUUGCUUCCAAGGCAUUUGCAUAUGCUACUGCGCACAUUCACCCCAGCCACCCAAGGCAGUUGGACUCCACUAAUUCCAUUGAGAAGGACAAGAUCAAUGAUAUAACUGGACUUCGAAACCUGGCCAAGUCAUUAUCUGCAAAGCAUUCUGUUCAGACAGAGUCAGCUGAAUACAUGAAAAGGAGAAAUUCAUGUGCUCGUGAGAAGUAUAAUUUGCAAUCAGGAAAACCAAAGUUACCAGGAAGUUCAAUGUAUAUGUUAGGGAUCAAAACAAGGAACAUAAAGAAACUGCUUCAUAGUCGUGAAAGGAAUUUGGGCGAGAUUUGAAGCAAUCUUAGUAUGGCAUCUUCCGCAUGACUGACAAGAAUGAGCAUGAUCUGCAAUAGGAGCCAUUUUGUAAAAGGUGAGAAUUUUUGCAAUGGAGACAUGAAGCGAGUUCAUGUAUGAGUCUUUGAUUCAAAUAUUAAAACGAAGCUGUCAAAGAUUACAUACCUGUGCCCUUGAGUAGCAUAUCCACUCUGCAAGUAAGUUGCCACUUUCAAUAUCUGCAGACCGUUGUUCAUGUGCAGGACAAUGAUAAAUAGCAAUUGUGUCAUGCUUAACAUGUUGCCUUAUUAUUAUAUUUAUCGAAAUCUGUUCGUGAA